GGCGCGGUGCAGCGCCAGCGCCCGCCGCCGCCCAGCCGCUCCGCCGGGCCAUGCGCGGGGGGCGCAGCCCAGGGACGUCGCGGGGGUGAUGCGAGAAGGAGCCCGGCAUGCCUUAUCUGGACCGGCAGAACCGUAUCUGCGGGUUUCUGGACAUUGAAGAAAAUGAGACCUGCGGCAAGUUUCUGCGGAGGUAUUUCAUCCUGGACACCCAGGCCAACUGCCUCCUGUGGUACAUGGACAACCCUCAGAACCUGGCUAUCGGUGCGGGUGCCGUCGGAUCUCUGCAGCUGACCUACAUCUCCAAGGUCAGCGUCGCCACCCCCAAGCAGAAGCCCAAAACGCCGUUCUGCUUCGUUAUCAAUGCUUUAUCUCAGCGCUAUUUCUUACAAGCCAGCGAUCAAAAAGACCUGCAGGACUGGGUGGAGGCUCUGAACCGCGCCAGUAAGAUUACGGUGCCCAAGGGCGGCAGCGUGCCGCCCGCUGCCGAGGUUGCCAAGCCGCCGGCGGUGGCCCAGGCGCAGGAGAAGAAGCCGCCGGUGGCCUACAAGACGGAGAUCAUCGGCGGAGUGGUGGUGCACACGCCCAUCUCCAUCAGCCAGAACGGAGGGGAAGGAGCGGAGGGCGGCGGCGACCUGGCCGCCCACCCGCUGCUGCGGCGCUCGCAGAGCUACAUCCCCGCCUCGGCCGCCAAGCCGCCCGCCGGGCCCCCCGUCCUCAAGAGCGGCUACUGCGUGAAGCAGGGCAACGUGAGGAAGAGCUGGAAGCGUCGAUACUUCGUUCUCGAUGAAUUUUCCAUCAGCUACUUCAAGUGCGAGCAGGACAAGGAGCCCUUGCGGUCGAUCCUCCUGAAGGACGUGUGCAAGACCCACGAGUGCUUGCGACCUCCUAAUGCGGGACAACCUCUUCGAGAUUAUAACCAGCUCCAGGACGUUCUACAUCCAGGCAGACAGCCCCGAGGACAUGCACAGCUGGAUCCGAGCAAUCGCAGGGGCAGUCCAGGCCCUGAAAACCCGCCCCAGGGAAAUCUCCUUCAUGAGGUCCACGUCCAUGAUCAAGCCUGGAGGCUCCAGCCUGUCCAGCUCCUCAACCCCUUCCUUGUCCCAGCUGAGGCAGCCGGCGGAGGAGCGCAGGGUGCUUUGCAAAGCCCCCUCGACCUCGGCCUGGCAGCCGUGGACGCCCGUGCCGCGGCCGGAGGGCAAGCAGCCCGCGGCGGAGGAGAUGCCUGGGCGGCUGAGGGACUCGGUGUUCCUGCCGGCCUUCGCGGAGCGCGACGAUGCCGCCGCCGCGGUGCAGGGCAAGCGCGUGCGGCACAGAUCCGAGCCCCAGCAUCCGAAGGAGAAGCCGUUCGCCUUCGACCUGGACGACGACAGCAUCCGGACCUCGGACGUGUAACGCGGCGCAGAGCCGCGCCGAGGCUCCUCUCCGGGACGCGGGGACGCCCGCCGGGCUGCGGCCGUGGCUCUCCGCGUUGGCUGGGCUGGAAAAGCUGGUCCCCUCGGUACUUCUGCUGACGUGCGUCCGCUCAGCGCUUUGGGCCAAAUUUAUCCCGUUGCCUUUACGGGGAUGAAAUUGGCCUGUUUCCUCCACUGCAGCUCUUCCUGGUGACACAAGAUUCAGCCAGACCCGCUUGCUCCAUGUCCCCGCUCUCCCAGCGGGAAGCGAGGGCUCAUUUUCCGGCAGCCCCUCCGGCGUCGCGGCAAGCCUGACAGAGGCCGGCCGCGGGAGCGAUCUGCAGCCGCGGGAGCUGUUUGGGUGUUGUGGAAAGCUGCUGCAGCGCAGGGUGACCUUGCACGCGUUUUGCGCCUCCGUCGUCGUCUCUUUACGAAGUGGGAAACGUCGGGGCCUGGCGGAGGUGCGUCCUGUUCUGCAAACGCGUAAUUUCCGUGAGGAGGCGAACCUGGAGGAAACGGCAGGAGAUCUCAGACGCACGAAGGGAGACCGAGGUGACCUUCCCCGUGCUUAGCGGCGGAGCACGCAUCUGCCCUUGGUGCUGCUCGCCCUUCCCCGAACAGCCCCGCUACGGAGCCAGGGAGACGCCCGCCACGCUGCUGCGCUCGCCAGAAGAAAAAGCACGGCAGCUUAAACGUUGACAUCUUCAUUUCUAGGAGACCAGCUCUUUACGCUGCCUGACUAGUGGUAUAUUAACAAAUCUGUUUGCUUUUAAUUAAUUCUUUUUGUAUCUGUGGCCAUUGUAUCAUGUUAAACUCUGGCAGACUGUGUUCGAGAGCCUAGGAAAAGUUUAUUGGUACUUUUUAAAUGUGAGUCAAGGUUAGGACCACUUCUUGGCAGACUGCAAGCGUAACAGUGACUACAGGUAACAGGACAAUUCUCAGGUAAAUUUUCAGUUUUGCACUGCAUACAUUUAGGCAUCAAAAAUAUUACGUGCCUGAGCGGUGAAGUGCUUCUAAUGAAAGGCAGUGAAAGCAGAGUAUUUAAAUGAAACUCGGAAGACUUGUCCAACCAACUUGCCUGUUGCCUGACGUGAAAUGAGAAUGAGCAGAACUCUUUUUAAGCAAUGUGAACGUGUAAUUUCCGUAAGCAAAUAAGCUCGUAUGCGAGGUGUGACGAGCAGUGCGGAGAAAAUGCGCGUGCUCCCUGGGCGGAGAGGUGGUCUGAAAUCUUGGCCCGUGAAAGGCGCGUGUGACGCCGGGGCGCGGGGAGGGACGGCUCCUUCCCAGCCCUCGCUCCCGGAGCGCUCGCCGCCGGAGCGCCGCGUCGAGCCCCUGCCGUCGCGCCGGCUGCUUCGCCCGUGUUUUGAGGGCUCUCGCUCUGGAUCCUCCCCGGAGGGAAGGGUUGCGCCAACGCUUUGCCCCGCCGGACGGGGCGCGGGCUCCCCCGGGCUCCCCCGAAAUGGGGGGCGCGUGCGGGGCUGCUGCCCGCCCACGCGGGAGGCAGCGCGCGCUCGGGCACGGCAGAGCCUUCGCCCGGAGCCGCGGCGGGCGCGAGCGGGGGCGGCCGGAGCAGCGGCUCUCCUCCUCCGCGGCGAGGCCGGAGGGGACGCGCCGGGGCUCCGCGGAAGCUGCCGUCUCCCCGCUGGGGCGCGCGGAUGCGCUCCGUGUCCCGGGCCGGACGCGGGCGCGCUGUUCGCCGUCUCGGCUCUGUCCGGCCGAUAAAUCGGGGCGGCAGGCGUUGCCAUUGCGCUGCGGGCUUACCAGCACGUGGAGCGGUCUAGAGUUAACACGGCCUCGCUUCGUGGUGCACUGGUUGUCCUUUUUUGUUAUUACAUGUUCUGACUCUGCAAAAUCUGCUUAACGUGCUCCCCAGAAGCAAAAAGUCUGAUUUGCUCCUGUGCUUUUCAGGUUUCCAGCUGUUUAACAACCGCGCUUCAGCCGAGUUCGGUCUCGGUCUGGGAUUGAGCGGAGCUUUAUCGCGGUUGAGCAUUGAUGAGGCCUGAUGGAUCUCAUAACGAGAUUAAAAUCUCAUCUUCCCGCUUCAGUCUCUUUUAGUUUCUGAAGGCCUGCUUAUCCAGCCAAGCUCUGCUGGAAGUCUAGAUAAAAGGAUGUUGAAACGUGGCUCAGAGCUGUUAUUAAACGGGAUGGAAAGCCUGAAUGGAGAGCUGCAGGGUCUUGGGUGCCGCCGGCUUUCUGCAAGCUGCCCGUCUCUGCGAUGGGUAAGGUUUGGGCCUUCUCCUGAAAGUCACGCUUGGAGACGAGAGUCCGGAGAGGAAUGCUACACUUUGCCGUGCUCUGCAGGCUUUCUUUCUCCCACCUCUUUGUGCCAGUCCUGUGUCAAACAUGCUGCUGUUACAGAAACCAUGUUUACGGCCAAGGCGUGACCUUGCAAUGGAACGGAGUUUUGGGGUUGUUUUACAUCCCUUGCCCAUGGUCGUGUUUUCAAAGCCAAGCUAAGGUCGGGCACGUGUUGCUCUAGGGGAGAGAGGACCCUUCUUGGAUGCUGUAGUGAUGCCUGGAGAAAGUCGACAGUGACACGACUAGAUUCAGCCUGAGCGCAGCUGCAUUUCUUCUGAGUUCGAAGAAGCAGUUGUUAUGUUGUCUGAUUGCAUUAUUUUGCUUCCCCAUGUUUCUGUUCCAGUUCAUGGAGAAGCAUGAAAGGUACACUUUAUAUAGCCUGUGUAAUAUAGUGAAUAAGGCCUCCCAGAUUCUUAACAUAGAAGUGGCUUUGCGUGGAGAUGUUGGAAAACGUUGAAACUAUGGAAAUGAGAGGGAAUCAAUGCAAAUGGUACAGGGAGAAUAUUAAUACUUGUUAUUUAAUUGUAUAAAACUAGUUUUUGCUGUUCUUCUUUCUUUCCUUUUUGCUUUAUUUGCACUAGUAUUUGAAAUCUUCUUGUUUUGGCUGAACUGCUAUUUGGCUAGUAAAAUGUUCUAUUUCAAAAAACUUUUGAUAAUUUGGUAUGACUAUAAAUGGUAGAGUUACAGCAUUUAGUGAUAUCAAUGCUCUGACCUCAUUUUUGGAAAACAUUAAGUACACAGAGACUAUGUUUAAUUUGUGCAAGGCUUCAAAAACAUGAAAUACUGAGUAUUUUUGUUGCUUUGUAAUUGCAAAGUUUCCUCAGGCCUGGGAUGGUAAAGUUGGAGCCUGUUGCACAACUAUAGUUAGUUAUCCAGGUGGAGAAACUGCAAUGGCUCCAGUGCUAUUGCAACAUUAUUGUUUCUCUUUCCACCCUUCCUGCAUCUUCAGGACAGCAAAAAGGGCUGAAUGAUAGCACGUGAGCAUGAGAUUAAAACAAACCCAUUCAAAGUCAAUCCAUAUUCCAAAACAAUCCAUAACACCCUUUUUCAGGCAUUACGUGCACCCCUGCUGUCUCUCUUAUGGAAGAGGAUUUCUCUUCCCUCCCUCCCCAACGCCCAAGGACCGGACUGUAAUGCUAGCAGUGAACAGCCAGGGCGCGAGGGAGCUUUGCAGCAUUCUUCUAAGGAAAUGUUAGCACUUGCGCUGUGUGUUUGCAUCGCAGCAGUCCUGCCUGUGGAUGAAUGCAUCACCCUGCUAGACACCCCUGGGCCGUGCAUGGGCCCUUCUGAGAGUGAUUUACUGUGAGUGUUCCCUGCUUUUGCAGACAGGUGAGCGUAGAUUUAGGGUAACUUGUAUGGAAAUAAAGAUGUGAGAAAUGAGUUUGCUCUUUUAUACAAAAACUCCCAAAACGGUUUCAGCCAUUUCUAUAGGUACUGGCUGUGUAUUUUAAGUGCUCUUAUGGACCAGGGUACCUCGCGGUGGGUGAUGCUCCACCUAACUCUUGUGGUGUUGAUUACCUGCAUCCCGCUCUCUCGCAUGUAGAUGCUGGCUGCCGGGAGAUGAAACUCCUUUUCUUCCCCUGUAUCUUUAAAUAAAGAAGGAAAUCCUAGUAA